AUGAAACGAUCACAAAAAAACCGUAAUUCGUUUAUGGUACUUUUUUUUUAUUUUUUUAAUUUUUUAAAAAAUUGUCAUUUUGAUUUGAAAACAAAUUACCAAAAAGUUUUACUUAAAAAAAUGAUUGUCAAUGCCGAUAAUACUGCUUUAAAUUAUGGAUCCAGAACUCCAACUUUUGCUGAAGUACUCCAAAAUUGGGGUUUAGAUAUUAAAUGUAGCAACUGGCAAUUACACGAUACUAGAGGAAACUCUGUUAACGUUAACGCUCCAGUUGAAAAAAAGCAAUACAGAUUCGAUUCAUGUGGUCAAGUUUCUUAUUACUUUACAAUGAAUUAA